CGGAAUAGCAGUUGCCAAAUCAAAAGUAUCUCGAUUAACCAUCAUAAUGUCUAUUGGCAAGAUCUGGAAUUCAUUGGCAUCAGCCUCGGUAGAGAAUUCCCUUUCUCUUGUGCAGCUCAAUUUUGACUUUACGUUCCUGAAGACCGACGCUCCUCUCGAGUAUCGCACAAUUGGCCAGGCUAUGUCAAACAAUCGACGCUUUAAUGCGGAGAAAGGAGCUUCACAUAGAACAGCGAUGAAGCUCGGAUGGCUCUUCGGAGAAGUCAUACCCAAAACCCCAGAACUGCUAAAAGCCUAUGGUCGCCGUGUGUCUGAAAUUCUCCAAAAGCCUGGCAUAAAUCCUACCGGGUCAGAAGCUGAUGGUCCCUUCCGCGAGUAUGUUGGUGCUGACUGUACCUCAUUGUGGGCUGCCGCAACCUCCGGUUUUCCUGCGCUUGGUGUACAUCUGCUCGCUUGUAUGCUAGCCAGAGCCUGGGAUGCCCAGACAGCGACAGCCAUUUGGUCUGAACUCGUUGAGAAAAGGCGUCUUGAAAUUUUCAAUAACGUUGGUCAAGGCAGCGUGUCAAUCGAAUCGCAAGCCGCCGCUCAGCAGGAGUUCCUUCGAAAGGAGCUCGAAGAGUGGGACGCGAGUGCCAGAGCAUGGCUCAGUCAAGCAGAUAGAGCACUAACGGUGCAACGCGAUCAAUAUCUGCUGAUUGUAAAGAAUGUGAGUCUGUCGACUGGGAAUACCAAAGACCCAUAUCCGAACGUUCUUGCUGCAUGGACCAAUGCGAUGACGGCGCUGGAGAACCACCUGAAAGGGAUAUCGCAACAAAUUUCCGAUGGAUCUGUUCUAUACGCAAUCUCUGCCUGGCAUCUAUAUCCUGAUCUCGUACACUUUGGCGAUGGUGUCAGAAAAGUUGCAUUUUCAGAUUUGCUCUUCACAAAGCCGGCAACCAUGACGCUUGGCCUGACUGAGGUUGCGACUACUCAAGAAAAUCGAGGCACGCAUUGGUCUCUAGCUUUGUCGCACCUCAGGUCCUACGGUGAUCCUGUAUCGGUCGAGAGUGUGGAAGAUAGAACUAGAGCGACCAUUUCUCAAUUUCAAGUCGUUAUCCUGGGUUCUGUCCUUGAAGCGUGGCGAGUAGGCAUUCAUGAGCGUCUAGAUGCAAUCCGGUGGAUACAUGAACUUUGGACGUAUUUGCAGAGAACAGCUCCAAUAACACAAGCCGAGAUGAGAUCCUCUGGCCACACGAGUUGGCUUGCUGGACUUGCUGAGGCUGCAGAUAUUGUCUUAUCGGCUACUGGCUCGGAUCUGGAGCAAUAUCAAGACUUUUUGGGCCACGCAGAAUACUGGGGGACAAAUUUUCUAUUAGAUGACGAUCAGCAAAUACAGGCGCUCCAACCUUAUUUCGGUCUCUGCAAUCCAAUGGUCAUGGCAGCUCUUCAAGAGCCACUUGACGUUGAAGCAGGUAUCGAGCUAUUACGACAGCUUGCGAAAAACAUGGGAUUGAGGGAUCAGGAUGCAAUCAUCUGCUAUUCGGACAGGAGUAGUGAGUAUCAUGAAUAUUGUACUGCCGUGCCACAUUCAGACCCUCUCGGCGGAAGCAGUCACGCUCGAUGGAUCAAGCUGGGAACCAAGAGCGGCCCUGUUAAUGCACACGAGUUCUGCCAACAUAAAUGCCAUAAGGAGGAGACUACCCAAGCCAGCGAGGUUGACCUAGAUCAUCGUAUGAAUAUGAUACAGGCCAGAGGUGAGGCGUGCUACGUAUUGGGCGAAGGCUCAUUGCACGAAGAAACCGUCCCCCUCCCGGGAGGCCCACACAAAAAGGCUCAGUUCUUGAUAUGGGAACAUUCAGUCCCGCUUUUCCGUAGCGAUUGGACUUGCAACAACUCGCCCACAUCCAUCCGUGUUGCGGACAAACCUUGCACUUGCUUGGCUAUUCCCGAAGGUCUUCCCCCCCUCGACCACGAGGCCAGGACCCCUGAUGUUACUUUCACCCGAUACUUGGGCACACGGGUAGUGGAGUCCGAAGAACGUCGAGACUAUUUUGAACUAUAUAUUAGAACCACUUCGACUACGACGAGUUCACAACGCUCUAGCUAUGGCAGGAAACUGAUUGCGGCAACAAGCUUGAUUGAGCAACCCUCUCACGGUUCACAGUGGCUGAAAAGUCAUUGUCCACAACCCAACCGUGUAUGGGACUACAUACAGAGCCUUGCCAUUCCGUUUAGAAGAAACCUUCAGCGACAACUAGUCAUGCGAGAGGGGGUUCCAACUCCGGAUGGACUGGACUGGCAAUUUAGUCACGGCCGCACCGCAAACCUGAUGAAUAAUAUAAUUGCACCACCACCAAGGCAAUGGGUCCGCUCUUUGGAACUCUUGGGUGUAGUUGCUGAGGUAUAUAAAGGUUUGCCCGGAGCGACCAUCUCCUUGGGGGUGCUCGAUUAUCCUCUAUGCGAAGGUUAUUGGACCGCUCUCGACAAUGUGACAAGACUCGCAAAUGUUCAGCCCCGUAGAAAGAGGGAGCUGCUCCACGGGUCGGGGGAGCUGCUACGAGAAAUGGGUCGCGAGGAGCUAUUUUCCUGUAUAGCUAUGAUGGAAACUGGAGUGUCGAAUAUCCAGCCAGAGAGCCUUAAGGAAGUAGUGGCUAUGAGUGCUUCCAACUCGAUCUUCGUCGCGUCUUCUCUGCUUUCCGACCCUUAUGACCUUGUUCCAGCCAAGAACAUCCGCCAUAUAGUCGGCAACGUGGGGUUCGCUGGUCUGAAUCUGAUGCAUGCUCCUGCCGGCGAGCUCAAAAUAUCCCGCCCAGUCAACCAAGUCCAGAAGAUUUCACGCUCGAAUUUUGAUGCCAAGCGCGAGAACCACUUCCAUGGAAGCUCAUUACAUUUAUGGUUUACGGGCGAAAGACUUCCUCUUGUUACAGUAGGCAGGGAUACUACUAACCAAGGCAUAUUCUACCUUGAAUCUGUGGUUUCCUUAUGGGACAAUGGCAAACAUAUAGCAGAUUUGGAUAUGCUUCGCAUCGAGAGAGAAGAUGUGACUCGUAUCACGCUAAACUGUUCGUGUGCUGUACCGAAACUUCUGCCCGACAACAAGGACAUCAGAUGUCUCGACUCAUGGCAAGACGUAAUCCUGUCUCCCCGCCGUAUGGGUAUUUUGAGGGCUCAUGGAAAUUGGUAUGUUCGCCUUGCGGCUGUCGUUCUUCUCCUACAGCAGCAAAGGGGGCACUCUGUAGGUGUUCUUUCGCCUGAGACUCUAUGUUGGAGAUGUCUGGAGAGUCAUUUUGAAGAGCCAGAACCCCAUAUGCCACAGAUACUCGUUGAUUAGGCUGUUACUGAAGGGUAACUCGAGGCAAAAGCUUCAGUGGUUGAGCAACGAUUAGGACGACAC